GAGGACAUUAUAUCUGUCCGCCCAUUUAAAGUUCCCAGUUAAAAUUUUAGACGGUCUUGCACAAAACGUUCAAAAUUCUGAAAUGCCUCUGAGACAUAUAAUCAAACAGCUUCCCUCCCAAGCUUUGCUCAGGUCUGUCGCCGUCAUGCGCUCUCUCUCCUCAUUCUCCACCAGCAUCCACUGCCCCGAAGCAUUGUCGUCGCCACCGUCCGCUCCAAACAACCUCCAUGACAACCAAGAUCCGUACUCUCUAAUGAAAGAAGAUCCAAUCCAAGUCUGUUCCGACAUCUGGGUCCGAACCUUCUCGGACCCGACUCGCAAACCUUUCCCCAACCUCACUGGUUUCCUCUCCAAAUUUGACCUCUGGGUCUUGGCCUACCAACGGUCCUGUGCCCACGAGACCGGCUCUUUCCCCCCUCGCAGUGCCAUACACUCUAACGUUCUCCGCGAUCUCCUCGCCCUCCGAAAUGCCGUUGUUCGUGGCCAAUUCGAGUGGAACAAGAAGACCCAUCCCUAUAUUCGAAGCCCUAAUGACAAAGGGCUGCCUCAAUUGAUCUCCAAGCGUAAAUUGCAAGCGAUGCUGCAGUCUAGUACGCCGAGUUUUCAAGAUCGGGUAGUUCAGGAGGUCUUGCUGUUGAUUUUAGAGCCCAUUUUUGAGGCUCGAUUCUCGCAAAAAUCGCAUGCGUUUCGUCCGGGUCGGAAUGCCCAUACUGUUAUUCGGACAAUUCGGAGUAAUUUUGCAGGGUAUUUAUGGUUCCUGAAAGGCGAUUUGAGUGAUAUAUUCGAGAACAUUGAUGUAAAUGCGGUGAUAGGGUGUGUGGAGAAGGCUGUAAAGGAUAAGAAAGUUCUACGUUUGCUGAAAUCGGCGCUUCGUCCGGCGGUUAAGAGUCAAUCACAAGGCCAAACUAAUGAUGACUUGAGAAGGAAGACAAAAAAGAAGAGUUCUAAAAAGAAAAAAAUUCUGAAUGAAAAUGAGCCUAAACCAGACCCGUAUUGGUUAAGAACAUUCUUUAAUUUUGCGCCCGAGGAGGCUGCAAAGGUGCCCUCUUAUGGUCACUGUGGAAUUCUUAGUCCUCUACUGGCUAAUGUUUAUCUUAACGAGUUAGAUCAUAUGAUGGAGGAGAAGAUAGUGGACUAUUUUCAGCCAUCAAAACUUGAUUCAAUAUGGAAACAUUCAAUUACCGAUGGUAGCCAUAAUGCUGCGUGGCCAGAAUUUGUUCCAUCAAGUGGCAAAGAGAAAACAAGGAAAAUGGAUUACAUACGUUAUGGGGGUCAUUUCUUGAUUGGGAUUCGAGGUCCUCGUGAGGAUGCAGUGGAAAUUCGGAAAGUUUUGGUUGGAUUUUGCCAGAGCACGUAUGGUCUGAGGUUGGAUAAUUCAAAGGUAGAGAUAGAGCACAUAACCAGGGGAAUUCAGUUUCUGGACCAUAUAAUUUGCCGCCGGGUGAUUUACCCUACACUUCGUUACACUGCAAGUGGAGGUGAUAUUGUAAGCAGAAAGGGUGUUGGGACUUUGCUUUCGGUUACUGCCAGCUUACAACAAUGCAUUCGUCAAUUCAGGCAACUCGAGUUCGUUAAGGGUGAUAAGGAUCCUGAGCCACUGCCUUGCACUCCGAUGCUUUACUCAAGUCAAGCUCAUACCAAUUCCCAGAUGAACAAAUUCCUUGAAACCAUGGCAGAUUGGUACAGAUAUGCAGACAACCGCAAAAAGGUUGUUGGUUUUUGUGCUUAUGUGAUCCGUAGUUCUCUGGCUAAGCUUUAUGCUGCGAGGUAUAGACUGAAAUCCCGUGCCAAGGUUUACAAAAUUGCAUCACGUGAUCUAAGCCGUCCACUGAGGGAGAGUAGCAACACUUCUGCACCGGAAUAUUCAGACUUGUUGAGGAUGGGACUUGUGGAUGUCAUCAGUGGUGUUCAAUUCUCGCGCAUGUCUUUGAUCCCAUCUUGUGAUUACACUCCAUUUCCAAGGAAUUGGGCGCCAGAACAUGAGCAGGUAUUGCGCGAGUAUAUGAGACUGCAAGACCCAAAAUUCUUCUGUGAUCUACACAGAUCAAUUAAACAAGAGGGUCUAACUAUGCCUCAAGAGGAAAUAUCUGAGAUUGUGUGGGACUAUAAAACUCUCGGAGUCCGGGGCGAUCGGUUCAAUAGUGAAAAAUAAAAAAAUGACAAAUGAUUCUGGGGAUUUAAAGUAUGAAGUGCUGAAUCUUAGUGCUAAUUCCUAAAGGAGUUCUGUCUGGAUCAUUUGUGGGGGUAGAAAUGCCUCAAAUGGAUUAUGGGUGUGAUCCAUUUUCAUGACAUCUAGUCAACUGAACAGAGCUACUUGGCUCAUUGGAGUAGAAUUUGUCCCAAAUGGAUUGUUGGUGCGUUCUGCUUCAAAAUGUUAGCUCAAGUGAACACAUAUAUUCUGGAAUGCUGUCAGAUUGGAAGCAUAAUAGCAUUCUGUGCCUGAGGCCCAUUAGCUGAACAAGUUUCUUCUUGGAAACACUUUUCUGAGAAGUUCAAGGUGGCAACCCUCUCUUCAUGCUAGAUAUUAGACUGUCGUUUGUGAUUUUGGGAGAUAAAAUAUGUCCUUGUGAUGCUUAAUUCUGUAGUUUUAUUGAUGGUUUUUAUGGACAUGUUGGAAGCUUCAUUCUUUUAAUUGUUUUUAACUCCUUAGAAACUUCAACUUCGGUUGAAAUAUGGAACUUUAAUCUUUGUAAACUCUUACACUUGGCCAAUGGAACCUUAAGGUAGACUUGGCUAUAAUUGACGAAACUUGCCU